AUGGCGUCUGUAAUGGAGGAUCCUACCCUUGAGAGGCAUUUUAAAGGUCACAAAGAUGUAAUUUCCUGUGCUGACUUUAACCCCAAUAAUAAACAGCUUGCUACUGGAUCCUGUGAUAAGAACCUUAUGAUCUGGAACCUCGCUCCUAAAGCCCGGGCGUUCAGGUUUGUGGGUCACACAGAUGUCAUUACAGGCGUUCAUUUUGCUCCAAGCGGGUCAUUGGUGGCAUCUUCAUCCAGAGAUCAAACAGUUAGAUUGUGGACUCCUAGCAUAAAGGGUGAAUCGACUGUGUUCAAAGCCCACACAGCAAGCGUUCGAAGCGUUCAUUUCUCCAGAGAUGGCCAAAGGCUGGUCACAGCCUCAGAUGACAAGUCUGUGAAAGUAUGGGGUGUCGAACGGAAGAAAUUCCUCUACUCUCUCAACCGACACACCAACUGGGUGCGCUGUGCGAGGUUUUCACCAGAUGGUCGUCUCAUUGCUUCCUGUGGUGACGACAGGACGGUUCGCCUCUGGGAUACAUCCGCACAUCAGUGCAUCAACAUUUUCACAGACUAUGGAGGGUCUGCCACAUUUGUAGACUUCAACUCCAGUGGCACGUGCAUUGCAUCAUCAGGUGCAGACAACACAAUAAAAAUCUGGGAUAUUCGUACAAACAAGUUAAUACAACAUUACAAAGUUCAUAAUGCAGGAGUCAACUGCUUUUCCUUCCAUCCCUCUGGAAACUAUCUGAUCAGUGGUUCGAGUGACAGUACAAUCAAAAUCUUGGACCUACUGGAGGGGAGGCUCAUCUAUACCCUUCAUGGCCAUAAGGGUCCAGUUUUGACUGUGACGUUUUCUCGAGAUGGAGAUUUGUUUGCAUCAGGAGGUGCAGACUCUCAGGUUCUGAUGUGGAAGACCAACUUUGAUUCACUGAACUACAGAGAACUGUUGAGCAGGCACAGCAAACGCGUGACUCCAGAUCCUCCUCCACACCUGAUGGACAUUUACCCUCGAUCACAUCACCGACACCACCCUCAGAAUGGCACAGUAGAGAUUAAUCCUGUUGCUGAUACGCAGUCUGCUGACCCUCAGGUGGUUGAAGUGGGACGUGUUGUUUUCUCCACGACGGAGGCAAGAAACCAUGAUGGUGCAUCAAGCAGCAGAGCUCAGUUCACCUCAGGAAUGGACUCAAGUCCAUUUCGGACUCAUACACGAGCCAGAGAAGAAGAGGAUGAAAACCAAGAGGAAAGAUUUGCUGGCGGCAUGACAGCAUCUCCAGCAGAGCGCUCUGGUAUUCCAUCAAGCCUUACUAGCACUCUGGAGAACAUUGUGCAGCAGCUGGACAUCCUGACCCAGACCGUUGCUGUCCUCGAGGAGCGUCUUACCCUGACCGAAGACAAACUGAGGACCUGCCUGGACAAUCAGGUCCUGCUUAUGCAACAAAACCAACAAUUGGACCAAUCUGACAAGGAAUCCGAGGGACCCCCGUUGUGAAGGAUACCCAACCCUGGUGGUCCUCAACCCAAUGGUAACUUCCUCUAGCCUGCAGAGGGGGACACACCAAACUCCUUUUUUUUCCAUUUUAGCUUAAAGACAUCCAGCUGUGUCAUUUCAAAUGAGGACAUUGGACUUAACAAUGCAAAAAAAGGACACAAGAUGAAAAGACAAAAAGCAGGAUGAGGGAAGGGUAGGAGGGGGGAUUUGAGGAGCAGUCUCACCCUCAAUAAAGUCACGUUGAUAGGACAUCUGCAGCUAAAACAACAAAACGGUCACGCUCCAUACUUCUAGUAUAGAUAUACACAUUUUUACUCUAUCUAAAUUUAUGUCCUCUGAAUCACCUAUAUUACGUAGUUAUAGGCCCUUAUGAAUGGAUUCUAGCCGGAGUCUCUGUUGUGAUUGCAUGAAUGGUUUGUGGAUGUGUAUGUAGCAUAGAGUGCGAUUGGGGAAGUGUCCUCAGAGACACUUGCAGCCUUGUUUACUGUUUCUGGAACAGCCGCAGCCUUGUGGCUUUCCUCUGGGUGGAGGUCAGACGGAAGCAGGGAGCCAAUCGACAGAAGGGGCCAGCGGUGCUUAUUUGCUGUGUGUGCCACAUCCUUCUAUCUGUGGCUGCUAUGCUAAACUCUGCCCAACAGUCUUAAAAACAAUGCCUCCAACAGCAGUUGAAGCCGAAUAAAUAAAUGGAUGAAUAAAAAGAGAUCUGGAAAGCAUGCUUUAUUCAAAAUAAGUUCUAGGUUCAGAUCAUUGAGGAUUAGUGAUGUCCACGGUAGACUGAUGCUAUUUUUAUUAUUCGGAUUGUGAUGUUAUA